UUAUCUAUUAUAUUUUUAUCUGCGCUACGCGCGUCGGGGCGGAUUUAAUUGCGCUGCGCGUUCUCGUUCAGCAUCAUCUAUCCAACACGAUAUACAACGAACGCGUGUGUAUGCAUUACGAACGCGGCGCUUGACGCAUGCGAUCUAAACGUAGGUACGCGUCCCGACAAUAUCAGUCGUGCAUUUAAAGUUCGCGCGACACUAUAUACGCACACGCUCCGGUCAUCGUUAUGGUUAGCGCCGCCGCAACGUACUGUCUGCUCGCCGCGGCCGCCGUGGCCGCCGCGUCCCGGAGCGCGUCCGCGGCCCGCAUACUCGGGGUGUUCCCGCAUCACGGGUACAGCCAUCACGCGGUGUUCCUGCCCUACCUGCGGGCGCUGGCGGACCGCGGGCACGACGUGCACGUGAUCAGCAACUUCGAAUCGGCGCACCCGAACAUCACCGACAUCAGCGUCGCCGGUUCCAUGCCCAUGUCCAACAACGAAGUCCCUAUCCAGCACACCGCCAGGGGAUUCGGCGUGGUCGGCGCGUUGAAGGACAUGUUCUAUCUGUACGGCUUGGCCAGGACGACGGAGGGCCUGUUCGACGUGCCGGCCGUCCGGAGUCUGCUCGACGACCGCGCCGCGUCGUUCGACUUGAUCGUCGCCGAACACUUCAACACCGAGCUGUCGCUCGGUUUCGUCGCCAAGUACCGCGCGCCGUUCGUGUUGCUCAGCAGCUGUCCGCUGACGGCGUGGACCCUGCCCCUGGUCGGCCAGUCGCAACAAGCGGCGUUCAGGCCGUCCUUCUUGAGCGGCGUGCCGGCGCGCAUGGACUUCGGCCAGCGGCUCACCAACGUGGUCGUGGCGGCCGCGUCCGUCGCCGCGUUUCGGCUGCUGCACCGGCCCUGGAGCCAGCGGACGCUGGAAAAACGUAUGGGCCUGGACGUGUCCCUGGAAGAGUUGGCGUCCAACGUCAGUCUGGUGUUGGCCAACACGCACUGGUCCUUACACGGGGUGUCGCCCUCCGUGGCUGCUUUAAAGGAGGUCGGUGGGAUGCACAUCGCGCCACGCAAACAAUUGCCACUCGACAUACAGAAAUAUAUUGACGAAGCUGAGAAUGGAGUAAUUUAUUUCUGCAUGGGCAGUUUAUUACGGGGUGAAACUUUUUCAGCCGAAAAAAGGCAAAUGUUCUUAAAUGUCUUUAAUAAAAUUCCACAACGAGUUCUGUGGAAAUGGGAAGGUGAACUACCCGGAAAACCAUCCAAUGUAAUGAUUCGCAAAUGGAUGCCUCAACGAGAUAUUUUAGCCCAUCCUAAUGUUAAACUAUUUAUAUCUCAUGGUGGCCUAUUGGGAACUACUGAAGCUGUGUAUGAAGGCGUUCCAAUCUUAUCAAUGCCAAUUUUUGGCGAUCAAAUGACAAAUAUUAAAGCUGUUGUAAGCAAAGGAGCUGCAGAGUUGAUGAAUUACGGAGAUUUAAAUGAAGAUGAAAUUUACAUGAAAAUAACAUCUAUGCUUACAAAUCCUGAAUACAGGCAAAAGGCUAAAGAAUUAUCAGAAGCUUUUCGUGAUCGACCUAUGUCUCCUUUAGAAACUGCAGUGUAUUGGACAGAAUAUGUCAUCCGACACAAAGGGGCGCCGCAACUUCGGUCUGCCGCUGUCGGUAUGCCAUGGUAUCAAUACUAUUUAAUCGAUGUACUAGUUGUAAUUUUUUUAACUGUAACAACAAUUUUUGUAUUACUUUAUUGCUUAAUUUUUAAAGUUCUUUUAAGAUUGUUCAAUAGAAAAUCUAAACAGAAAAAAUCUUAAUAAUUAAGAUAAUUUGACUUAGGUUAAGUAUGCUAAAUAAAAUUACUUAAAUAGUGGUAAAA